UGUUACUAUGUUGAUGAACGCCAGAUUGUUGGGAAAUUACAGUUUAUUCGAAUCAGCUAAGGUUUCACAUUGAAUGCUGACACAUAUACUGCCUUUUCUCUUGCUGGCAAAGAGUAGAGGGAGAGAGAGUUUUCGCACUGUGCUGAACAUGUAUUUUAUUUUGCUUCUAGCAUCGCACUGUUGGGCUGCCUCUGGCAGUCUUUGAGGACUUCAGAGGCUCCUCUCUGCAGAUGGCACAGAGUCAAGUUGUUGGCUCGAGAUUUGCUAGAGUCUAUUAACUUCUCUAGAAUUGAUCCUAAGACUGAGCUAUGGGUGAAGAGCUACGAGCAGGAACAACUUUUUGGCUGUGAACAGAGGAGGCUGUAAGAAGACUUUUCAUUAGAGGAAGCUACAUUUCAGAAGGAUGAGCUCAUCUGUUUCACGAGAGCUGCAGUGUCCGCAGGUAUUUGGCCGGUCCAUAUCUCAGGAUUCUGUGGAGAGCUCCUUGAUGGAGGACUAUUGGAGAGAAGUGAGGAGCAUUAAGGAGAGCAGUCAGAAUGGACACGAGGAGCAGAACCUAGUGGAAGUCAAGACACCUGAUGAGGGGGAGAUGGAAGCCGAGUGGUUACAGGAGGUAGGCCUCUCCACCUUGGUCUCAGGCUCUGCAGGAGAGGAUGGGAUGGCGCUGUUGUCCACACUGACCCGAGCUCAGGCUGAAGCCGUUCAGCGCCGACUGGACACCUACACCCAGACCACCCGGAGGAAGAACAAGCAGCCUGUCCGGGAUGUUCGAGAUGUGUUUGGUCUCACUGACUCUCCGGCCAGAAUUGAGUUUAUGACACCUGAGGCAUCACCUACAUCUAAUGGGGUGCAGCAAUCUGAGGAAUCAACUUCGUGGGAUCAGUCAAAAGAGAAUAAUAAGAAUGGUGAGAAAACAGAAAGCCAGCCAAACAGCCCAGAAAUAACGGAGGACCUGAACUGGGACAUCCCGUACUCAGAGUCUCUGACAGCUGCUCAGAAAGAACAGCAAUGCAGAAACAACUUUACAAAGAGGCCUAGCAGUGCGACACUGCCGAAAUUUACCAUUCGGGAGGAUAGACUGGGACUAACACGCAUUGGAGAUCUAUCCUCUCAGGAUAUGAAAAAAAUCCAUAACCUCUCUCUGAUAGAGAUCACCACUUUCUAUGAUGCACUUGGGAUAGAGUUGAAGAGGAACAGGACUGUGAGGGUUAAAGCAAAGGAAACAGGCCCCUUUGGUGUUCCCCUCACAACGUUGCUUGAAAACGAUCAAAAGAAGGUUCCAGGGACAAAAAUUCCUCUCAUCUUUCAAAAACUUUUGUCGAGAAUGGAGCAAACUGGUUUGGAUGCUGAAGGAAUUCUCCGGGUUCCAGGGUCUGCCUCACGAGUGAAGAAUUAUCGACAAGAGUUGGAGGCAAAAUUUUACAAUGACACCUUUGACUGGGACCAAAUCCAUCACAAUGAUGUUGCAUGCCUGCUGAAGACCUUCAUCCGAGAACUGCCCUACCCUUUACUUACUGCGGAAUACCUUCCAGCAUUUGUCGCUGUGCAAAAUAUCUCACCGACCAAGUUGCAGAUACAAGCUCUACAUCUAAUCAUCAUGUUACUGCCUGAUCCCAAUAGAGACACUAUCAAGGCUUUCUUGGAAUAUCUCAGCAAGGUUGUAGCGAAUGAAGCCAAAAACCGAAUGAGCCUGUGGAAUGUCUCCAUGAUUGUCGCCCCGAACCUCUUCAUGUGCAAGGGGAGGACUGGAAACCAUCAAGAAGCAGAGGCCGCUACCAAAGCUGCCAACAUUGUACAGCUUCUCAUCAAAUAUCAGGACAUCCUGUGGACCAUCCCGCCCUUUAUGAUCGCCCAGGUGCGGAAGAUGAACGAAAGUGAGAAUCGAAGACGGACCAGAGUGACGUGGCUGAACACGUCUUCGUUUUUCUUCUCUCCACCUUUCAGGGGAAAUGGUUCGCCCUCCCCUGGUUCCUCUCCUCGAGGUCGCAACCGAAACCAGGAGCCUGCCUUGUGGGAGGUCCCAGGCGUGAACUCGUGUCCGUCUACUUUGGGACACUGUUUAAAGUCGGACAUACCCGAGGGAGUCAUCCGUGUUUAUGCCACUCAACUAUCAAAGGUUUCCAUGGCCAUUCAGCUGGACAGUGAGACCAAAGCAAGUGAUAUUCUUGCUCGGUUUCACUGUGAAAACAGUACAAAUUCUGCAGUUCCUCUUAAUGGACAGAGCCAUCACUUGUUUGAAAUCGGUGGAAAUAUAGGAGAACGCUGUCUGGACCUCAACACAUACAUUCUGGACUUGUACCAUUUAAAUCCCAAUGCAACAUGGCUCAUUAAACCCAGAACAUUGUGAGAUUGCUUGUUGCAGAGUGAUGGGCCAUUUAAUAAUCCACGCACAGUGUUGGUGAAUAUGACUGCAGGGACCUCUUGAGAAUACUAGCUAAUUUUACAGUGGUGCCUCUAUGUCUAAGGCUUUGAGCUGUUGAUAACCGUUACCUGCAGAACACUACCUUCACAGGUGACCAUUUGAGAGGUCUCAGUCCUACUGGUCUGGCAAAGCAUGUUGCCAUUUGAUGGGACACCCUCAGCACUAAUGGGAGUUUUCACCACUUUGAAGGAUUUUUUUCUCAAUGCUUCAGCCACCUCUGAAGACUGGAGUCAGUACGAAGUUUUUGCAUGACAUAAAAUAAAACAACUCGCAAUAAACUCAUCUGGUGGCAAUUAAGAACCAAGUUGAUCCGCCAGUCACAGCUAUUAAAAAUGUAGCCUUGAAGGAAUGUGCAUUUUUAAACAAUUGUGUCUUUUUAACCAGACCACACAACUGUGGAAGCAAAAGAUAUACCAACUACAUCUUAUUUUCUGUGUUUUUCAGUUGGUGGGGGCAUGCAGGGGUUUGCUGGGAGCGAUGGUGUCUGCUGAGGACAGCCAAAGAAUAAACAAGACAGAUGUUGUGUUUUUUUUUCUCUAUAAAAAAAAACAGCCAUUUCUAGCACCUGGAAUCGGUGCCAAAUUCCAUGCAUCCUAUCAAGCAGGAAAUUUUUACAUAAGGAGAGGAUGAUAGCUGCACCUGCACUAGCAAGGAAUUCCUGCCGGAACGUGACUCCCGGACUCUGUUACUUAUCUGACUGGAAUUUUGUUUUGCAGCAAACUGAAGGCUAGACUUUUGUAUUGUGUCCUUUACAGAGUCUUUGUACAUACAGAAUGAUGGAUUGCAGCCGCUGCUUUUCAAAUCAGAGAUUCAGAUCAGUUGGAAACAAAACCCUGUGCUUUUAAAAUUUAUGGGAAGCUGACUGACAGGAUGGAAGAAGGAAGGAGCCAUUUUUGCUUUGAAACUUGCUCUCCGUGGGACACUGCGACAAAUUAAUCUUUCUGUUAUAGUUCACAAUCUCCUGUGCACACAGUAAAACAUUCUCUUGUUGUUUUUGACUUAUGAAUGGAAAUUGCGUUAAUGCGAAAAUUGUGGUAUUACCCUAUUCUUCUACAAUUAUUAUAUUUGGAGUUCGGUCACAGAAUGGGCAUGAUUUCAUUGACCGCGGUGGAAUGAGGCUCAAAGAGCGAAAUGGUUUAGUCUUGUUCCUGUGCUUAGUCUAUGUGUGAGUACACUGUAUUGUUUUGUCUCUCUCAGUAUGUGCUUUAGUACACUUACUAGGGAGUUAACCAGCAUUGCAAUGCUGUUCAAAACACGAGUCGUUUUGCAAGAGAGGAGAUUGGAAGAAUUUGCAGUCCUUCUCAGUCUUGUACAGAUUGAUAACU